UAAUAUUUUAUGAAGUACACAUUUCAAAUGCAUGAGCAAUUAAGAGUGAGUAUUGGGUGCAGUUUGAAGGAAUAAAGAAUGUCCGCGCCGGGCUUGCACCGCGAGCGGCGAGCGAGCGAUGCGCUCAGUUGCUCGUAGACGCCCGACCGCGCCGGUCCGCUACGCCGUAGGCGUGUCUACGCCGCCGUAGCCGCUACGAUCACAAGUUUCACCGUGGUUUUGUUAACUGACUGAAUUAAAGUGUUAACUAAAUAUUUUUGUGUUUAGACUCUGAUUUUGAUUAAAUUGGAUGCAUGUAAAUUGAAUGAACUCAUGGUCACCUGAGAACACGGAGGUAUCGGAGGUGGUUCAAGCGCGCACUCAAUAGAUUGUAAUAUUUCACGAUGCCCGAGAAGUUUCCAAUAUUGGCAAAGUGGUAUUAAAAAUGAAGAGGAAUCGGAAGGGGCGAAGCCGCCACGAGACGGUGAUGACGUGACGUGUGAGCGCGGCUUAACGCACACACUACACACGCAUCAGGAUCAUGGCUUCCAUUUUUGCUGCGGUCGUUUUAUGGCUUGGUGGAAGUGUUCUAUGCCUGCGCGACAUUCACCUGAGCGUGCCAGAAGCCAUCGGCGUUGGCGCUGGCACCACGCUCGGCUGCCGCUGGACCCUGGACCCUGGCGAGCAGCUGUACACGGUCAAGUGGUACCACGGUGCGCAGGAGUUCUUCCGCUUCGUACCCAAGGAGCUGCCUAAUACGAGGGUCUUCUCGCAGACUGGUAUCAGCGUUGACGUAUAUCACUCGGGUGCACAUCAGGUGGUGCUACGCGACGCUACGCGCGCGCUCAGCGGACGAUACCGCUGCGAAGUUUCCGCCGACGCACCGUACUUCCAUACCGUCUACAAAAGCUCCUACAUGCGGGUAGUAGAACUACCCGCGUCCGGGCCGCGAGUCCGAGCGCAGAAGAGCUGGUACUCGGCCGGUGACAUGCUGCGCGCCAACUGUACGGCUCCGCCGGCAGACCCGCCCGCCAAUAUUACUUGGCUCCUCAAUGGUAUAGAGGUAAAAGGCCUCGAUAUUCCACCGCACGACCCGUACUUGCUGCGGAGGAACCCUGUGAUAACCGACGCAUCGCUCGAGGAUGCUAAUAGAAUUAUAUUCAGCCCGUGGGAUGCAAUCUCCGGCUACGAAGAAGCGGUCACCGAUAACGUGAUAGACAUUCCGGGAAACAUGGACAUGCUGGCCGCCACUGAUAACAGGAAAGCGGACACCACGACGCGCCAGCCUCGGACUGAACAAAUAACCAACAAAUUGAACACAACCGUUGAAGAAGAGAAAUCUAAUAAGUCGAGUUCGUUCAGCCAACUCGUUAUGAGAGUACAGUCUGCACAUUUUCAUAAGGGCCGUCUGAACGUCACGUGCGUGGCUCGCGUGCUGUCCGUGUGGGCGACGAGUGACGCGCUGCUGCUGGACGAGGAGAGGCCACAGAUCGCGCCCGUUAUGGGUAGCCGGGACUCCAACUCAGGUCUACGGCGUUCCACAUCGCACGUGGGAGUCGUAGCGAUGCUCAACUGUUUAAUAUAUAGACACUGGACUAUCCGAUGAUGAGAGCGCUAACUAAAGCUAUAAAUUGUCUACAUUUUUUCAAAUCUAAAAUCAGUGUUAGUAUAACAAACAUUUAAACAAA